GCAGCCCUGAAAUCUCGUUUUGUCCCGGAGAUCUCGGACUGUCGGCGGGAUCAUUGUGUUGUUUCGUUAGCUGACGAGCUAAUUCUGUGUGUUAAAGCAGCGCAGCUUCAGUCCAAUGGGGGACAGCGAUGACGAGUUCGACAGGAGGAGGCGGGACAAGUUCAGGAGAGAGAGGAGCGACAUGGAGCGGUCGAGAGAGAGAGAGGAGAGGAGGAGGGACGACUGGCCCGACAGGGACUGGGAGCGUGGCAGAGAGAGGAGGCGGGAUUACGAUCGUGGUCGCAGAGAGAGGUUUUCUCCCCCCCGACACAUCAGCCCGCAGCACAAACGCAUGAGGAGAGACUGGGACGACCACCGGGGGGAGCCGUACCGCUACGACAUGCCGUAUGGAGGAGGCGGGGCUCCAUUUCCAGGGGCGGGGCCUCAGGGCUGGCAUCCGGACCUCCCCCACCACCUCCAUCCACAUCAUGGAGGUCACCCGCUGCAGGGCAGGUUGGGGAUGAUGGACCCGGACCUCCCUCCUCCUGGUCCUCCCGUCAUGAGGAGCUUUAAGGAGUUUCUGCUGAACAUGGAGGACAGCGUGGACGAGACGGAGUCUGUGAAACGCUACAAUCAGUACAAACUGGACUUCAGGCGGCAGCAGCUGCAGGACUUCUUCCUCCAGCACAAAGACCAGGAGUGGUUCCGCUCCAAGUACCACCCUGAUGACAUCACAGCGAAGAAGGCGGAGUCUCUGGCGGCCCUCAAGACCCGGCUGGGCGUCUUCCUCUUCCUGCUCGACAACCACUGGAUGGAAAACAUGUCCCUUGAUAUGGAGCACGCCCCCGCUAUCAUCAAACUGCUGGACGCAGCGGUAAUAAAGAUGGAGGGAGGGACAGACCUUGACCUGCAGGUCCUGGAGGUACCAACGUCCACUGCAGCGUCCGGGGGGGAGGCCAGCAGUGUAGGAGGAGGAGAGAAGAGUCAGACAGAAUCCAGCGGAGGAAACGCGAGUGCUCAGACCAGCGCCGAGUCGACGGGGAGUCGGACAGACGAGACGAAGAGCGGAGAGACGGGCGAGGUGAAAGACUCUGAGAAGGACUGUGACGAAGAAGCAAAGCAGAACGGGGACGAGGAAGAGGAGGAGGAGGAGGAGGAGGAGGGAGAGGAGGAGGAGGAGGAGGAGGAGAAGAAGAAGAAGAAGAGGAAGAGGAAGAAGAAGAAGAAGAGGAAGAAGAAGGAGGAGGAGGAGGACGAAGAAGAAGAAGAAGAGGGGGAGGAGGAGGAGGAAGAAGAGACCACAAAGAAAGGCAGGAAGAGGAAACGCAGCGUGUCGGUGGACAGCGGCGAGGGCAGCGCCUCGGACUCGGACUCCUCCCACUCUGACGGAGAGAAGGAGGAAGACGAGGAGGAGAAGGAGGAAGAGGAGGAGGAUGGAGAGAGUGGUAAGCGGCGGAAAGAGCGGGGGAAGGAGCGAGGGAAGGAGAGAGAGAAGGAGGCUCCAGCCAAGCCCCGCCCCCUCCACCUCACCACAUCCUUGUUCAUCAGGAGCAUCCCCCCCGAGGUGUCCAAGGAGGAGAUUACAAAUUUGUGUCGCAGGUAUCCAGGCUUCCUGCGGGUGGCGCUGUCUGACCCUCAGCCCGAGAGGAGGUUCUUCAGGCGCUGCUGGGUGACGUUCGAUCGCAGUGUGAACAUAAAGGAGACGUGCUGGAACCUGCAGAACAUCAGGCUCAGGGACUGUGAGCUCGCCCCGGUGGUGAACAGAGAUCUGUGUCGGCGUGUUCGCACCGUUAACGGUCUGACUCACCACAAACCGGUGGUGAGGAACGACAUCCGUCUGUCGGCCCGACUCAUCCACAGUUUGGACCAGAAGGGGGCGCUGUGGGCCGGAGAGGUGGAGACCAACCCCGUCCUGAAGAACAUCACUGAUUACCUGAUCGAGGAGGUGAGCGCUGAGGAGGAGGAGCUUAUGGGAGCGUCGGGGGCCAAUGACGAUGGGGCAGAUGGAAAAGACCCCACCUCUUCUGAGGUUACUGUGGAGACAGAUGACAAGCUGCUAAAGGUUCUGGACCGGCUGCUGCUCUACCUGCGUCUCGUUCACUCUGUAGAUUAUUAUAACUUCUGUGAAUAUCCUGCCGAGGACGAGAUGCCUCAUCGCUGCGGGCUAAUCCACGUACGAGGACCCUUACCUGUGGCCAAGAUCACUGCAGCCGAGGUGACUGAACAUCAGAGGAUGUGUGAGGAGCGUCUGGCUCCGCUGCUCUCUCUGUCGGAGACUCUGAGUGAUGAAGACGCAGCCAGGCUGGGGAAGAAGGAGCCAGAGCAGGAGGUGGAGAAGUUUCUGUCAGCGAACGCUCAGGAGCUCAGUAAAGACAAGUGGCUGUGUCCUCUGAGCGGGAAGAAGUUCAAGGCUCCAGAGUUUGUACGUAAACACAUCCUGAACAAACACGGAGACAAAGUGUCCGCUGUCAGACAGGAGGUCGUCUUCUUCAACAACUACCUGCUGGACGCCAAGAGGCCCGCCCUACCUGAGAACAAGCCCGUCCCACCACCAGCCCAAGCCACUCCUCCGGGUCUGCCAGGAUUUCCCGGUCAGUCUCCACAGCAGCAAAGCCUUCUGGGAUAUCCACCUGGAGUCAGACCGCCGAUGCCCGGCUUCCCUGGUGGAGGACCCCCCUACCACCCCAACCAGUUUGGGGCGGGGCGUGGUAACUUUGACAAUUUCAGAGGUCACUUGGGAGGAGGAGGAGGAGGAGGAGGAGGAGGAGGGUUUCCUGGGAAACAAAGAAACAACAGGGGCGUGCGAGGGGACCCCCGCUCCAUCAUCGAGUACAGAGACCUGGACGCUCCAGACGACCUGGACUUCUUUUAAACCCGGACAGAGCUCUGGAUGUUUUUUAAACCUUUUUUUAUUCCUACGUGUCCCUUGAUUCCUUUCAUCGCCCUGCAUUGUUUGUUUUUUUUAGAGUUAGGUGUGUGUGUGUGUGUGUGUGUGUGUGUGUCUGUGUCUGUCAGCAGGACCAACGUUUCUGUCAGUGGUGUACAUGAUCUGAAUCAACUUUCCAAUAAAGAAACAGACACUGAAGA